AUGUUGACUUAUUCAAGCAAUUGUUGUAGGAGACACUUCGUCGCACCCUUCAUUCAACUCUUCAUUUUCUCUGCGCUGGAUCUCGGCAAGAGGGACUUUCUCACUACCUCUCUCCACCUCAACGCAAGUGUCACCUUACGCGGCAAAAGCAGCCUAGUGUCGUCGUCGUCGCGAGGUUGCGGGUAUGGCGGUGGUAUUGGACGUGAUGAGGGUAGUGGUCUCUUUGGCAGAGCCUUUGAAGCACCACUGGUUGUGGGAUUCAUGCCGGACAGUCCCACUCGACCGCUAAUGCUGCGGAAAAACUCGAGCGUAGAAAUAGGAGUGAUGACAAUGGAGGUCCGUUUUGAUGUAGCCAUGGAAGCUGAUGUCUUCGAGGAGGUGAAAAUACGGCUAAAGUCCUUCUUUCCAGUGAUAAACUGCUUGUGA